UGGCAUCAGGUCAGAAGCCGAUCUACUCCUCGCUUCGUUCCUCACGAAGGGCACACACUGCGUCACCGAUAUCGACUCCAAGCCGUUCUUGGUCAACAAUAUGAAGGCCACUGUCCUUGUCGCCGGCCUGCUGGCCUCGUUCGCCGUUGGCCAGCCGCAUGGCCAUGGUCAUGGUCAUCAGCACCGGAAGAAGGAGCACGGUCAUCAUCACAAACGCGGGCUGGUGGUGCACUGGGUCACCGAGACCGUCUACGAAACAGUUACCGCUAUUGUCGACGACAGCACCACCGAGCUGAUCAUGCCAAGCACCACCCCCGCCACCACGACGCCCACGACACCGGCGAGCUCUAGCGCCAGUGCCAGCCCUGGCUCCCCCGGUGGUGCAGCCUCCUCCCCCGGUGGUGGAGUCGUCUACCCCUUCCCUUCCGGCGCCAUCCCCUAACCCACCUCCAGAAACUGGCAGCGGUAAGGGGGCAUCCGGGAGCGGCGAAUCCGGGACCGCUGAAGCUGGGAGCGGUGGAUCAACGGUUUACAGUGGUGACCUCACGUACUUCCAAUUGGGUAUGGGCGCCUGCGGCUUCGACGACACCGGCAAGGACCUGAAGGAAAA